AUGAGGAAUCUCCAGGGGACUGAGGAGCAGCUGAUCAGAAUGGGGAGGUGGCUUUGGCAUUCGGGGCUCCCGAAGACCCAGGUGCUGUUGCUGGCGGCCUGGGAGGUGUAUUCGAAGCCUGUCCCAGCCAGCUGCGGGCAGCUGUUCAUUCAGCUUCUGCUGUGCGCUCUUAUCGCUGGAGCUGCCGGUGGACUCGCCUACACCUGGUUGGCUGCUUCCCUGGCGUACCCAGUAAGGACCUCUGCGACAGGAGCCACGGCUUGCGGCUUCUUGCUUUUCCUGGCCCUGGGUCUAGUCCACCCAGCCCGGUGUCUGCUUGCCAUCACUGUGCCCACAUUAGGCACGAGGCAGGGCCGCCGCCUGCUGCUGUCAUCUGCCUUUGCCGAGCUGGCCACCCACGUGGUACCCAACAUUCUGGCCAAUGUGGGUGCUACCACCCAGGUGCUGAGAUGCGUGGCCCAGGGCUCUCUGGAGAGCCUACUCAAUUCUACCCGCCAGUUAGAGGCAGCCACAGUGGCCCUGGACCGGGCAGCUGGGCGGGCAGGGGGCCAGGGACUGUCUCUUGAGACCCCCAGCAACUGCUCAGCCCUGUAUAUCCAGAUGCUUGUGGCCACCCAGAGAGUCUACGAGGAUGUCUCAGCCCUGGAAGCAUUGGUCCAGGGAUUGGCUCUGGGCACCAACAGGGUACUGGCUGGAGUCUUCAUAUUCUCGCUCCUGUCUGAGUCGAUGUGCUACCUGAAGGGCUAUCUGACUGACCUGCAGUUCGAUAACCUUUAUAACAGCAAACAGCUGGAGCAGCUGCUCAGAGAGAGCCAGGACAGUCCCCUGGCAGCCUCUCCUCCAGCUCUGGUCCUCAGGGUGACUGGCCUGAGGUUCUCCCGGGCUGAAAUUUUCCGCUGCCUCUUCCGCCUGGCAUUUCUGGGUAUGCCCCUGGGGGCCAUGGCUGUGAUUGUGGCUGCAGAUUAUGUGGCCUUCCUUCUGGCAAGCACGGCUAUAGACUGGGCCCAGAAGCUCCCCACACUGCCCAUCCAUCUGACCAUCAAGUACGAUGCCAAGUACACAGUCCUUGCCUUCAUCUCCUUCAUCUUCAAUCAGCCUUCUGAAGAGAGAUCCUUGGACACCUACCAAGACACAUAUAAGUGGGAGCUACGCUUCACCUCAGCCAGUUGCCAGUUGCACCCAGCUCACCCCCCACAAUACACAGCUGCUUUGGCUGCUGGGACCCUCUUCCUCUUUGCUUCUGCCACAGUCUUCCUGGAGACCUAUGCCCGCCGGCUGGGCCACAGAGUGGCUGCCUCCUUCUUCCAGGCUCAGGAGGAGCAGAGGGUCCGAUACCUGUUUGCCCGGCUCCACCGAAAGCAUCAGAAGAGGCAGGUAGAACCCAUACAUGCCCCAGUUUCCCUCUGCUUGUGUUCCCCCAGUCCUCUAGUCUGGGACCAUUCAGACAAGCAAGGAGCUGGGGAUCAAGGAGUACCUUAG